GGCGCGUGCUUCAAUGCUUCUGCUUGGGCCAGGGCAUCAUUGCCCAUUGGGUACUCUGAAAUUCUUUAUUGUGCUGUGAAUUUGGGUUUUGUGCACACUGCACAUUGAUUGUGGUCAACGUAUAACACAGUUUGAUUUUCGCUCUACCGCAAUCUGCAGGAGCGAAUGCAUAGGAUUAUGAAUUAUUAUUUAUUUAUUCUAUAACUUUUUUCCCCACUCUUUUGUUAGUGCUUUUUUUUAUUGUGAUUCGGUACCACAUCUUAGUACCGUGUACAAAGUUUGAAAAAUAAAAGAUUGUAUUCGAAGCCUAUUUUGUUCGGAAAUGAUAAUCUACUCCAGAAGCUGAUCACUUUAUUAUAACUAUUACAUUCAUGUUAUCUUCCAAAAUGUCAGAAAAAGUAAAGCUAAUACCAGAGCAAAAGUUGCAAGCUUUUACUAUAGGGACUAUGGGCAAAAGGAUCUUUUCCAAACGUGAACUGGAGGAACAACGUAAGAAGGAAGAAGAAAAAGCCACUGCUCAUGUUUUCCAAGAAUUCGUUGAGACGUUUCAAGAGGCCCCCAUAAAUGGAAGCAGUAAGAUAUGGGUUAAAGCUGGUACUUAUGAUGCUGGCGCAAGAAGGGAAGAUACAAAAGAUAAAGGGAAAUUAUAUAAACCAACAUCAAAAAUACAACCUAAAGAAGAAUCACUGACAGCCGCUGAAAGAGCGCAAGCUUAUGCUCAGUUACUUAGUACUGAUAAAAAGCCUGAUAGGUUAGGAAAGCCAAAAAAGUCAGGGAAAAGCAAUUUGGAAGCUUUUAUGGAAGAACUUAAACAAAUUCAGGAAGAAAGAGAAGAAAGACAUAAAUAUAAAGUACAUAUUAAAACACCCAUAGAAAAUGAACUUGAUUUGUUCAUGCGCGGAGAUUUAGGGUCAUUUGAUAAUGGAGAUCCAAACACUACUAAUAUUUAUUUAGGGAAUCUUAACCCAAAACUAACUGAACCACAAUUGAUGGAAAUAUUUGGAAGAUAUGGCCCUUUAGCAAGUAUUAAAAUAAUGUGGCCCAGGUCUGAUGAAGAAAAAGCCAGAGGUAGAAACUGCGGUUUUGUAGCAUAUAUGUCCCGCAAAGAUGGAGACAGAGCUCUAAGGAGCUUGAAAGGAAAAGAGAUUUUUGGUUAUGAAAUGAAGCUUGGUUGGGGAAAAGCUGUUUUAAUACCACCUCAUCCUAUCUAUAUUCCACCUGUACUUAUGGAAGUUAGUCAACCACCACCCCCUUCAGGACUCCCUUUCAAUGCUCAGCCUGCCAGUGAGGAUUAUGAUGUUAUGCCAAAGUCCGACGAAGAAUUAGAUGCGAUACUUAGAAGGGCCGUGGUAAAAGUUGUUGUGCCAAGUGAUAAAAAUCUUCUUAUGCUUAUACAUCGAAUGUGCGAAUUUGUUGUUCGGGAGGGGCCAAUGUUUGAGGCAAUGAUUAUGAAUAGGGAGUUACAUAAUCCAAGUUUUAGGUUUUUAUUUGAAAAUCAAAGUCCUGCUCAUACAUACUACAGAUGGAAAGUUUAUUCCAUUUUACAUGGUGGCUCUCAAAAGGAAUGGAAGAAUAAAGAAUUUAGGAUGUUUAAAGGUGGCUCUGUAUGGAAACCGCCAGUAAUGCACUCUUACACGGCAGGUAUGCCUGAUGAUUUAGUAUUGGACGAUGAUCUUACAAAUGCCUCCAAAGGGGCAUUAUCUGUUGGACAAAGAGAUAGGUUAGAGGAUCUUCUACGUAAUCUGACACCAGAUAAAAAGAGAAUUGGAGAAGCUAUGCUGUAUUGUAUUGACCAUGCUGAAGCUGCUGAAGAGAUUGUUGAUUGCAUUACAGAAUCUUUAUCUAACGAGACUACUAUAAUUACAAAAAAAAUCGCGAGAUUUUAUUUACUAUCAGAUAUAUUGAGCAAUUGUGCUGUCAAAGUCAAUAAAGCUUCGAACUAUAGAAAAAUAAUCGAAAAUAAACUUCUUGAAAUCAUGCAGGAGAUCAAAAAAGCUUUUGACAAUCUUGAAAGUAGACUUCAGGCGGAAGGUUUCAAACGUAGGGUGUUGCGAGUAUUAAAAUCCUGGGAAGAUGUUGGUAUUUAUACUUUGGAAUUUAUGAGUUCACUCAACGCCAUAUUUUGUGGCAUUGAAGAGUCUACAUAUACACCAGAGAAAAGCAAUGACUUGGAUGGCAACCCUCUGGAAAAACUUUCAGAUGAUGAUGGAACUCCCAUCGAUGGUGCUGUGCUCUUAAAGAACGCCAUGAGCCAUUAUAAUAGUACACCUGAACAUGAUGAAGAUUUGGAUGGUGAAGAAAUCAAGGACGACUUAGACACAGCAAAACCAUUGAGCUCAGGUUUCAUAAAAUCCAAAUGGGAAGCAGUGGACCCAGAUCAAGUGGAAGCUCAAGCCAUGACGACUAGCAAGUGGGAUUUGUUGGAGGUGAUGCAUGAAAAUAGCCAGGAUAGCAAUCCCAAUGAUCAGGAUUCUUCAGUGGAUUAUAGUGAUACUAGGAAUAUGUCGGAAGAAAAACGUAUGAGGCUGCGAGAAAUUGAAGUCAAAGUUGUUCAGUACCAAGAUGAAUUGGAAUCAAGGCAAAGGACGUUAAAAAGUGGGUGGACAGUGCCUCAACAAGUUGAACAUCAUAGGAGGAAACUGCUGAGGAAGUUGGAAAGAGAAUUGAAGAAAGAAAUUAAGGAAGAUAGAACACCUAAACCCGAGAAACACAAAAGAGACUAUGAUAAAAGUGAAAGGCGGACAGAAGAUAUAUCUGAUGAUGAAGACUACAAGGAACAUACCUCUAGAAAAAGUAAAAAACAUGCUCGCAGCUCUUCAAGUGGUUCCACAUCCAGACACAGGUCCAAAAGCAGGACUCCCACCAGGAAACGCACAUCAAGACAAGCAAAAUCUCCCUCCUCUCACCGAUCCCGUCGUUUAGGUUCCCAUUCCGCGCGCAAGCGCAGAGACUCCGAUUCGCCUAUUAGUUCCACAAGUAAAUAUUCCCCUCCUCAUAGUACAAGUCGCCAGAAUAGGUAUUCGCCAUCCCCUGUGAGAAGUUCUAAAUAUGCCAGAGGUGGAAGAUCGCCGGCCGCCACCCCUCCCAGAAAAAGGAGUAGAAGCACUUCAAGAACAAGAUACUAUUCACCAGAUUCAACAAGUUCCAAUUCAAGGAAACACAGGCACAAGCAUAAAGUUUAGGGCAUACAUAGUUCAUAGUUUUAUUGCAUUGAAAAACAGGUUUUUGAAAGUUAGGAAAUUUUGUUUAGUUGAAAACAUUUUUGUUUUAUCUCUUGUUGAUGGGAAUGAGUCGCAUACAUAUACGAUUGGAUAUGUUGGGAAAACGAAUAUAUGUAAAAAAAGUAAUAUCAAUUGUAUGAUUGACAUAAAUACAUUGCUCUAGAAUUUUUGUUUGUUUUUAUAUCAGUGGUGAAUUUUAUACGUGUGUACAUAAAGUAUGAAAUAAAUUCAAUAUAAAAUAAUUGCAACGAUUUCGUUUUUUUUUGUUUGAAAUUUUUUCGCACAAAUUUCUUUAGACAGAGUGUUCCAACAACUUGUACCGAUAUCAUCUUUAUUUUUUGAAUUGGCACCCCCUUCAUAUUAUGACAUUUCUGGAUUCUACGGAUAAUUUUAAGAUAUAUUGCAAUUUAAAGUUUUUACCUACAUAUCUUCAACUGUCCUGCAAAUAUUGACACUUGAAAAUUGAUAUUUUUCAAGCUUGAACGGCUGUUGAAUCUGAACGGAUCGAAAUAGAGCAAAACGGCUUGCACAUCCUGUCCUAGUUUUUCAUAGGCUAUCGUCUUGAUUUUAAGGAAAAAUAAUAGUUGUGGCUUAUAUUUUGUUUUUUGUAGUGCAGUCAUUUGUGAGUUUCGAUGUGACUUAAUUUCAAGUGAAAGUAAUUUGAAAUGUGUGUAUCAGCAAAGCAAAGAAUUGAAAUUCUCAUGAUGAUUCGGUAUGGAGAUAGAGUGCGAACCCAACAGGAGGUGUGUGUUUUAUUCAACAAAAAAUGCCCGGAUGGACCAAUAAAUCAAUCAGUAAGUAGCAAAAUCAAGAGAAAGUUUCGAGAAAAUGGUUCUGUGUGGAAGAUAACCAAAGAGUGGAGAACCAAUUAUUAGCGAGUAAAAAAAUAACUUAAUGUGGGGCAUCCUUACAGAAUACAAUUAUUGGUACACGAGUUGAAUGAAGAGGAUCCAGACCGACGAAUUAAAUCCAAAACGGUGACUUGAUAAAAAGUGGUUUAGAUAUGAUUGAAUAACAAAUAAAUAAAAACAAUAUCCAUUUUCAAAAAAUCAUCUUAAACCUCGUCAACUUGACAAUGGGAAAUUGAGUAAAAGAACAUCCGUGACGGAUGAGAGACCAUACCCAGUUGAAAUUUUUUUGGUUUGGGCAGGAAUUGUCGAAAAUAAAAUUAAUGGCCCUACUUUUUUAAGGCACAUCGGACGGUCCAAUAUACCUUUAUUUUUUACAACAAGGUCUAAUCCCCUGGCCUAUAAAAAACUACGAUGGAAUGUGCAAGCCGGAAAUAUAACAAUAUUUUAAUCCAAUUAGAUUCUACAGCCGGCCGUUCAAACUUGAAAAAUAUCAAUUUUCAAGUGACGAUAUUUCCGAAACAGUUGAAGAUAUUUAAAAACUUCAAAUUGAAAUAUGUCUUAGAAUUCUCUGUAGAAUCUAAACCCUUUAAAAACAUUUUUUUUGAGAGAAACUUUCAAACGAAAUUGACGGAUCUCAGAGUUUUUUUAGAAAACGCCCUAAUUAAUUUUAUAUUCAAUUUAUUCCAUUGUUUAUUUACAUACUCAUAUCACUGAGAAAGUUCAGUUAUCUACUAGCUUAUAAGUUUUUAUAGCCGGAGAGCUGGUUACUAGCCAGCUGUCCGGCUAUAAAAACUUGUUCAAGCUUCAUGAGGGCACCAAAAAAUUAUAGAGCAAUGGAUGUAAAACAAUGAAAAACUAAUUGGCUGAAUGAUAAGACAAUUCUAGCAAAGAUACUUUGCCUCAUAGAGGAAUAGAACGAAAGUAUCCAACCCAUGGAAUACCAUGUUGUCAAUUGGUACUUUGUUUAAAUAAAAAUAAUAAAAAUGCAAUCACCACAAAAGUUGAACUUGCUUCCGCGGCUACUAGUGCCUCUAUGCUCCAUGCUCAAGUUUCUGCGUGUAAACUGCGUUGUGUUGUGACGCUCUUUUCAUUGUCAUGUUUCUCUAUGUUGAACCAACCUAGAACUUUUUUAAUUAUAGAUCAAUGUAUAUAAAAAGUGAUAUUGUCUUUUCACUUUUUUUUUGUGUGGUUGGCUCCUCACCUAAUAUUAGGUAAAAUGUAUGCCAGCAAAGUGUGGUAAAAAAAAAUUCUCUUCAAAUGGUGUUGAAUUUCUAGAAAUAGUCCACCAUUAUUUCAAAGUUGAGCCAAAAAUGUGAAAUUGUUGAUGACGAAAAAAAAAUCGCAACUUAUUGCGAAAAAAUCUGUUUUUCGGGUGUACAAUCAGAAUCGAAUAAAAUUUAACUGACAUUUAGGACAUUUUUUUUAAAAUUCAAUUUGGAAUCCUCAUGAUAAUAUGUAUGUCUGUAUAUCUUUUUCCCUCGUAUCCACUAUAUUGUGCUGAAGUGCCUGGUUGAAUGAUGUUUCUAAAUAAUUCAAAAAUCAUUGAAAAAACGUAAUAAAACAAUCCGUGCUCGCUGGGGCGACUAUGUGUGUAGUAUAUUUUUUUGAAUAUUUUUAAGCUUGUUAUUGAAAUAACUCAAUCAAAUUGCAAUUGUGGAUCAGACAUAUACCUAUUGUGAUUAGAUUAUGCUUCUCAUAGCCUUAAGCUAAUUUUCAUAUUCAAAUUGUUAAAACAUUAUAGACCACUUGCAUACAUUUUUAUUUGUACCUGGAAACUUCUCAAAUACUUGAAUACCCUCUAAAAUAUAAUAAAUAGCCCUCCACAAUAUUUUUUUCCAAGAGAACUUCGCAUUUGCUUAUAAUUUAUCUGGGAAACUCGCCUGCGUCCUUUAAAUUUGACGUAACAAGGAAACGCUACGCCAUUAAUUGUCACGUCACGAGGUACGAACGCGUCAACCGCUGACAUUAUGUAUUGCUUUAUGUCCUGUUUAUAAACAAAAUAACAAACAGAAGUGAGGUGAGGGUAAUAUUUAUUUAACUUUUUUUUUUUGUAACUAACUCAAAGGUGAAAUUGUGAUUUAACUCAACUUUUUAAAUUAUUAUAUGUAAGUACAGACAUUAAAAUGGUCUUCACAGAGGUGAACAUGGCUUUUUAUUGAAAUAACUUCAGGCCGGUGUCUCAUGGCUUGCAGGCUAAGCAAAUUUUUUGUUGUUUUACUUUAUUGUGUACCUAGCUUAGUAAAUGUCUUUCCACGAGUCGAAACUGUUGUAUUUUUACAACAGUGCGAUGAAACGACGAUAAACCAUUUUCAACUCAAAAAUCGACUAGAAACUAUCGAAGGUCAAAACAAAAUAUGACAUUCAUACCUCGUGACGUCACGUAUGCUCCGUUUUUGGUGGGAUUUUAGCCAGUUUGAACUAAAAUUAUUUAUUACGACGUUAAUAUUCUACAUAUUUGAAAAAAAAAAAUAGUGAUACUUUUUUAAGUCUGAUUCAUCAUCCUAGUUGAAUAAAAAAAAUAUCUGCAAGGAGUCUAUUAAUAAGAUAUAAGGCUGUUUCAAAUUAAGAUCUGUUAUUGCUUGGGGUAACUGUUAAAAAAAUGGUUAAUCAUGCAAGUAUGUUUUUUUUUUGACGAUUAAAUGGGGAAAAAAAAAAUUGAGCAUCGUGUUUUGAAAUUACUUUUUUGAUAUUUACCAGUUUCACCAGCCUCUUUUUAAUGUGUUCAGUAAGUGCAGACUACAAAUAUUCGAAUAAACGAGUUAAAACAUGGGUUUGGAUAUUCUAUAGAGGGUUUAAAAGAAAGUGGUAACUUCAAAGGACGAGGCUCAAUAGUAUGUACAUAUUUAUUGUUCUAUUUUAACCACUUGUUCAACAAUUUAACCAGUGUUGUAAAUUUUGUAAUAAGAGUUAGCAAUAGGGCAGAUUCAAUAUGAAACAGCCGUGUAUGUAUAUUUCAAUUUUAAAUCCUUUAUAGAUAGGUACUGUUAUAGACAGUAUCUAAAUUUUUUUUUGAUUGUAAUUUUUUCAAUAAAAUCCUCUUCCGG